GUGAUAGCCAUUUCCGGAAAGACAACUGCCAUUCUCAGGGGGCAAUUAACGCUUGAUCUGAUUUGGAUAUCGAGUGAAGACUACGGGAACUGCAUCACCAACGACCCAGCAUGAAAGAAGCACUCGUCAGCAAGGGACCGAAGGUCCAGAUCGUGGACUCGCCCAUCCCAGAGCCCAACGAUGACCAGGUUCUAAUCAAGGUGGUCGUGUCCGGCUCCAACCCCAAAGACUGGAAGCUCCCCAACCUCUUUGGUGGCUCGACCAACGAAGGCGACGACAUAGCCGGCAUCGUGGAGAAAGUGGGUGCCAACGUCUUCGAGUUCAAGCCGGGCGACCGCGUGGCCGCCUUCCACGAGAUGCGCACGCCUGCCGGGAGCUACGCCGAGUACGCGAUCGCAUGGCAACACACCACUUUCCACAUCCCCAAAGACACCAGCUUUGAAGAGGCGGCAACCAUCCCCCUAGCCGCCAUGACUGCCGCGGUAGGGCUGCACCUCCGGCUCGGGCUCCCGCAGCCGUGGUCGCCCGAGGUGGCCGACCUCGGCCGGAUGCCGGUCAUCAUCUACGGCGCGGCCUCGUCGGUGGGCAUCUACGCGCUGCAGCUCGCGCGGCGGGCCAACAUCCAUCCGCUGCUGUGCGUCGCGGGCAGGGCGUGCGACUACGUCGAGGGCUUCAUCGACCGCAGCAAGGGCGACGUGAUCAUUGACUACCGGAAGGGCGACGAGGCCGUGAUUGCCGGGUUGCUCGAGGCGCUGAAGGGCCAGCCGCCCGUGCGCCACGUGCUGGACACCGUGUCCGAGGGCAGCAGCAUCACGAAUAUCGCCGAGGUGUAUCGCCGGCAAGCCGAGGCCCGUGGCGAGGCGCCCAAGGGGAAGGUGACCUUCGUGCUGGGCGGGGACAAGAAAGGGUUGCCCGAGGGUGUGGAAUGGAGCAUCACGAUGGUGGGAAGCGUGCAUAAGGAGGCGAAAGAUUUUGGCUAUGUGUACUUCCGGUACUUCGCCAAGGGAUUGCAGCAGGGCUGGUUCAAGGGGCAAACGGUUGAGGCAGUGCCUGGCGGGCUCGGAGGAGUCCAGACCGCGUUGGAGAACCUCAUGAAUGGCAAGGCCAGUGGAGUGAAGUACGUCUUCCGGAUUGCAGAGACGGAAGGCGUUGGAAAGUAGAGGCAGGGCGUCAUAAGAAUCCGACCUUCUCUGGGGUGCUCACUGUGUGCCGAGCUCGGAAUCCGUG